AUGCUGGACCAUGGUCCGAGCCUGAUUAUUGCAGAUGAGGGACACAAUAUCAAAAAUCCAUCCACACGGAUUUCUACUAUGGCCAAUCUUCUUCGGUCAAAGUCGCGCGUCUGUCUAACAGGCUAUCCGCUGCAGAAUAAUCUCGAGGAAUAUUGGACCAUGGUCGAUUUUUGCUACCCCAACUUCCUCAGCAACCUGAGCGACUUUCGCAAUAGCUACAUCAAUCCGAUCAAGAGCGGGCUUUACUCGGACUCGGAUGCUUCGGCCAAGCGGCUCAGCACGCUCCGGAUGAAAGUAUUGCAGAGAUUACUUGUCCCGGUGGUUGACCGACGCGACUCUAGUCUACUCUACCAUGUCCUGCCGCGCAAGGUCGAGUACAUCAUCUCAUGCCCACUGGCUGAUGUUCAACGCGAGCUCUAU